AUGAAGUCCUUCGCUGUUAUUGCCGUUGCUGCUACGGCGGUUAUGGCUCAGAGCCCCCCAGCCGGUUGCCAGGCUUCAAGGAGUGGAACCUUCAACAUCCAGACUGUCAAUGUCACCUCCUCAGGCAAGCGUGAUCUUUCUCGCCGGCAGCUUGCUGGUGCCUUGACACUGUCCCUCAAGGACGGUAUUGUCAAGGACCAGGCCGGUCGCCAGGGAUACAUUGCUAGCAACUACCAGUUCCAAUUCGACGCCCCUCUCCAGGCUGGCGCUCGUGAGUCUACUGGUUUCUCAGUCUGCGGCAACGGCUCCCUCGCUCUCUCUGCCAACGGCCGUGCUGCCCCAGCAGUUUUCUACCAGUGCUUGUCCGGUGACUUCUACAACCUGUACAGCCAGAGCACUGGUGCACAGUGCAUCCCCAUUUACAUCAACGCUGUCAACUCCGCUGGUGGCAGCGGUGCAUCCCAGAUCAGCGAUGGCCAGCCCCAGGUCACUCAGCCACCUGUCGUUUCCCAGAUCUCUGAUGGCCAGCCCCAAGCUUCCAAGCCUGCCGUCAUCUCUCAGAUCUCCGAUGGUCAGCCUCAAGCUGGCACUCCCAAGCCGUCUCCCGGUCCUGUCGUUUCUCAGAUCUCUGAUGGUCAGCCCCAAGCUGGUACCCCCAAGCCAUCUGCCGGUCCCGUCGUUUCUCAGAUCCCAGAUGGUCAGCCCCAGGCGCCAAAGCCCGCUGGCCCCGUCGUCUCUCAGAUCCCAGAUGGCCAGCCCCAGGCACCUAAGCCCGUUGGGCCCAUCGUCUCGCAGAUCUCUGAUGGUCAGCCCCAGGCUCCCGUUGCCACCGCCAACGCCACUGUCUCCCGCCCAGCUCCAUCUCAGUUCACUGGCGCUGCCGCCACCAACAACGCCGUUGUUGGCGCGUUCGCCGCCGGUCUCUUCGGUCUCAUGGCCAUGUUGUAA